AUCCCAGCCAACACUGGUAACGAAUCCAUCAUGAGACUCCCCCCGUUGCAGAGCCCUUUGGUGGUCAAAACGAGGAGCGUGGGAUCCCCAAAUUACCUCUGCUACUACCACGACACAUGCAUCAUGACCAGAUGGGCUGCAGAACACACCGGAUCGCAGCCACAUCCUCUGAAGCCCAAAAUCCAGCAUCUUUACAAGGACCGGGAUCGGAACACGUUUUGGUGGCGGGCUAUUUCACAUACAAUUCCGCUGAAGAAAGUCGUCCGAACGACCACUGCGAAACGCGUACGCAAGAUCUUCUGCGAGGUACUUUACCAGCAAGGAUAUGAUCCGGUUGGACGACCUCUCGCCCUCGAAAAUUUACCGAUGCAAAUACCUCUUCGCCAGCAACCUAUACGUGGGUUUUGUGACAUUAUCAUCUCGAAAGGCGCCGUCACACAAGAACCAGCGGACAUGAAGCGCGAACUGACGGGCCUUUUUCUCCGUACAUUGAGGGGCAUGGAGACGAUGAGAAAGAACCGUGGCGCAAAGAGCGAUGCUGCGAUUAAUGAUAUCUCGCAACUAAUACUGCUCGAUUCGCCUAUUGCUCUUUAUUCAUCCAAGUCGUUAUAUCUGCGUCCUCGGAUUGGACUUGCCAAUAUGCUGGUCUCAUUGACUGUGGGCAAGGUCGACGCUGGUGUUGCCGUGUUGUUGACACAAGACAACCGACUGAUCGAAUUCCCGUCCGUGCUGCUUCCGACUAACAUUAGCUCAGGAAGCAUUGUCGACAUCGAUGUCUCAAGGAACCACGCCGCCGAAUCAACAAGCAUAGGAAAUUUCCAAUCGCUUCAAAAACGUAUCCUGAAUACAUACGGCCUCGAAACACCUUCUGCGCCCAUUCUCCGCCUGCGCAAUGCAACACAGACCUCCCUCGUCCUGGAAUGGGAUCCGAUCAAUCUGGCCACCGCCUCCCUGAAAUCCCUGUCCUUAUAUCGCAACGGCUCCAAGGCUGGCUCGAUACCUCGUCCACUGGAAAUGCUCAGCACUAAGAUCAGCGGCCUUGCUAUACAUACCGAGUACACGUUCCAUCUUGUCUUGCGCACAUCUGCCGGCACGUAUCAUUCGGAGAAAUUGACAUGCCGCACUCACAAGAUGACCGAUCUCUCUGGUAUUACAGUCAGCCCCGGUGUUAUGCCACAGCCUCAGAAAGAAGCUCUGGUUCGCGCGGUCGAUCGAAUUGGCGGCAAGCUCAUCGACACUGUUCGCAUAGACACAACACACUUUGUCUGUACCGAAGGUCGUGGUCCUCUGUGGGAGAAGGCCGUUGAAAUGAAUAUUCCCGUGGUGCGGCCGGAAUGGGUGGAUGCAUGUGAAUCAGAGGGAACGAUUGUUGGUGUUCGAGGCUACUACCUGAAUGCGGACCCAAAACAUCGGCAACUGGGACCACGACAAACAUCCCAGCAGCAGCAACAACAGCAACAACAAGAAACAGAAUCGACGGUUCCAGGUACCACAACUCCCCCGACAGGAAGCCAGUUAAACCUUCCCUCGCGGCCUGCCCCUGAAGAAGUACCCGAAGGACCCCCUACACCCUUUCCAGGCGCCCCCACCGAGAUGAAUGAGAAUCCAGAGGAGGAGGAGGAGGAGGAAGAAGAAGAGGAAAAAACUCCACCGCCCCUACCUCCAAAAGACGAGGAUGCUGAAACGCCGAAGCAAAAUGGAGAGAAGGGGACGAACGGAGAGCAGGACGAAGACGACAGCGACAAAGAAAGCGAGGCACCGAAGGAUUCACCACAAAAGCCAUCCUCUGAGGAUCAGGUUGCCAAAAAGCCAAGCCAGGGUCAGCAAGAGGGUGAGGGGGAGCUAGAAGAGGUCUCGCUAUAG